UCCAAUUGUCAAAAUUCUAUUUUGAAAAUACGUAAAAAUAUUAUCAAAAGCGAUUAAAAGCCUACAGAAUUACUCAGCCGUUAUCAAGGUACUAACUUUUAAUCAAUUCGCAUUCAAUUUCAAUAAAUUAGCGCCAUUUUUUCGAAAUGAAAUUUUAUGUAACAAAUUCACGUGAGGGGUUUCUGUGUAAAUAAUUUUUUUGUGCGUGAUUUGAGCGAAUUUGAGUGUUGGGAUUAGAAGUAUCACUGAUGAUUAUAAAUCUCGACUAGACGUUACACUAUUGAUUGCAAUAAAAUAACGGUUUGUCAUAGGUUAAAGUACUGUUAUGUGUUUUAAUUCGGUUCGAUCUUUGAACGCCUCCCAAAAAUGUUGGAAGGACUUGCAGCAUGGGUGUUGAAUAAUUACCUAGGGAAGUACGUGGAGAAUUUGAACACUGAUCAGUUGAGCAUUGCUUUGUUGUCUGGUAAGGUUGAGCUUGAGAAUUUGCCACUAAAAAAGGAUGCAUUGCGACACUUGGGACUACCGAUCGAAAUCAAAGCUGGGUUUAUUGGAAAAGUCAAAUUACAAAUACCUGUUAGACAAAUAAGAUCAGCACCUUGGGUUAUUGCCAUUGAGCAACUGUACCUAGUUGCUAGCCCUCUGCCAGUGGAUGAGUGGGACGCAGAGUCCGAAGAAUUGGCAGCACAAGAAAUAAAAUUGAGUGCUUUGGACAUUAUUGAAGCCAGAUGGAGACUAGAAACCGAAUCUCGAGAUUCCUCUUCUUAUUACGCUUCUAGUUACUCAUCUUGGCUCGGUUUUGGGGCUGGUUUAGUGUCAGAUAUAAUUGAAAAUCUCCAGCUAAAAAUACAAGAUGUUCACAUCAGAUAUGAGGAUAGUAUCAGUAUACCAAAUAAAUCACUGGCUUUUGGGGUCACAAUGGAGUCGCUUUCGGCCCAAAGCUGUGAUGCUAACUGGGCACCAGGAUUCUCACAUUGGGCGAUGGGAGCGGAAUCUUUUAAAAUUCUCGAAAUGCAAAAAUUUGCAAUUUAUUGGAUUGAUUUAGAGCCAAGUCAGUUGCUGUCCAGGCUUGGCUUAGGGGACCUCGCCAUUUCAAUGUCGCCAACUCAAACAAGCAAACAAACUCGCCACUUCAUUCUCGCCCCCGUGAGCGCCAUAGCCCACGUCAAGCGCAACCGAAGCGAGCAGCCCCUUCGAUCCAGCGACACGCCACGACUAGUCUGUGAUUUAAUUUUGGACGAAGUCCCCUUAACCCUCAUCGACUGGCAAUACGACCAAAUCGUCAAAUGCAUCAAAGGCUUGGACACCAUCGACCGCCUACGUAGUUACCGCCGAUACAAACCCUCAUGCACCGUUAAGGAAGACCCUCGAGCGUGGUGGUUCUACGCCAUCAGUUGUCUCCACCCCGGCAAACAACCGGCCAUUUGUCGCCCCAAACCCACCAUCGAGUCGUGUUUGCUCCGAGCGAAACAAAACGUGAAAUAUGUGAAUUUAUACAUGAAGAUUUUGGCAACUCCUAAUUUGGUUUUAACUCCCGAUGAGAAGAAGUUGAAGGAUGAGGUCGAGUGGGACCGGGAUUUUGACGAGUUGAAGGUUUUGAGGGAGAUUGCGAUGAGGUCAGUGCCGAUCCCUGAUCGGAAUUCGACAAAUGGGAAUUCGGCAGGGAGGAGUAUGUUGGUGAGGUGGUUUCCUCAAUGGAUGGGGUGGUAUUYGUCACCGGCGACUGAGACAGAGAGUAGUGAGACAACGCAGUUAGAGGGCGAGAUCUUGCAAGUUUUGAGUGAUUCCGCUGAGAAUAAUACAAUUUUGAAGAGGGAUGCGGUUUUCGGGCAUUUUAAUUUUUGUUUGAAACGGGGAUGUUUAACAUUAUGUGCGUCACAAGAAGAUACAAACGAGAGUUCCCCAAUGCUCGAAUUGGAGUUUAAAAACUUGUCAUUGAACAUUUUGAGUAAGCCUAGGACUGCUUCACAUCUCAUCGAAUUGUCACUAGGAGCGCUUUAUUUAAAAGAUAAAAUUACACUAAAUACUAUGUUUCCGAUUUUGAUGGGACCACCGGGUUAUGAAAGAAUGAAUUUUGGAAGAUCGCAAGGGCCGAGUCCGAGGGCGAGCGUCGCGAGUCGAUUGGAGGAAGCCAAUGAGCAUUUGUUUUAUUUGGCGUAUGAGAAGAAACCUCAAAAUACAGGCUGUGAUUAUAGGUUGUGCAUACGUUCGAAAUGCCUGGAUGUUGUCUACCAACCCAACGCCGUUCGCUGGCUCACCGAAUUCCUCUGUUUGCCCCACCAACGCGACAUUACACAUUCACGCAUUGAAGCGAUGAAAACACGAACAAAGAAAGAAUUAAUCAAAAACUGGGAACAAAUCUUAGAUGGACGCGACGUUGCGAGAACUACGUGGGAACUAGAACUAGACAUAUCUGCUCCUCAAAUCAUUUUCGUGGAACAGUUCACUGAUAAUAAUUCCGCAAUGGCUGUGAUCGAUUUUGGACGACUUCAAUUGAGUAAUCAUCCGACUCUACCCGAAAUCACCCGACCUGAAUUCAUGACCAAGGAGAGUGAAGACGAGGAGAAAUUUGUUACACCUUGUUCGACACCACCAGCGAGCGAAGCGAGUGACUCGGAGGAACACACUUUGGAACUUUUACCGAAUUUGGAGUCCGAUAUGAAAGGAUCUUUUACGGAAAAAUUGCUCUAUCAUCGAUUAUACGACACGUAUUGUGUCGAGUUAACCGAUCUACAAAUUUUGAUCGGGAAAGUCAAAGAUAACUGGCGAUAUGCCCACAAUAAGGGCUCCUCCACACUUCAUGUUCUAGACAGGUUUAAUAUUUCGCUCCAAAUCGAAAAACGAGUGAUUCAUACUUCCGAUCCUCAUUAUCCGAGUCUUAUCAUUAAUACCAACCUUCCGAAACUAGUCGCACAUUUGAACGAGAGUAAAAUCACAGCAGCGAGGACUUUAUUUCAUAUUAUCACAGUUACUGGUCUUCCUUCGCCGUUCAAAAGCCCGGAAAAUCCGGUCGAAAUUAUCACAGAUACUGGCCAAGACGAGGACGAAUCUGCAAGUUUCGAUACAAGCCUAGAAAUGUCACGAUUACUAAUGGUUCAAUUCACCGUCGACCAUUUAUCAUUAGAAGUCCAAAGUCGGGGGCGUUGUGUCGCCGAACUACAAGUCGCAGGAGUCAAAGUAGCCUUCACGAAGCGCCCCCACGAUAUUAGUGUCACUUUAACUGUCCAUAGUUUGUUGUUAGUUGAUGCUUUGCAGACUUUUGGGCCGGAUUUCGAGUUACUGAUUGCGAGUCACAAGCAUGUGGGUAUGGACUCGAUGUCGGGGAGUUUAAGGGAUAGUGAGCCUACCUCGCCCACAAGUCCGGCUAGUCCAGAUCCCACUUUGGGGCGCACAGGGGCUACUUCACCAAUCGCGUUAAAGCAAGCAUUGAGUAGUCUGGCAACGUCGCCGCCAAAUAAUUACGGGGGCCCACCGAGGCCUCCGGUGAUUUUCGAUGCCGAAGCUUUGAUUUCAAUCGAGGUUUUGAUUGUGACGGGGGCGGAGCCGGUGCAAAUUGCGAAUAUACAGUUUAAUAAUCUUGAUAUUAUAGCAAAUCAGGAAACUCUGGUUGAACUAAUCGGUUUUACGCAAAGAGUGUUCCCAAAAUCACAAAAAGCAAGCAACAUCAAUUUGCUGUCAACGGUUUCAUCAAAAGUCCGCGAAACAACAGCAUCGUCGGAAUCACUCCUCGAAGAGUCGUCAAAAUUUGGUUCAACUGAACUCACAUUCGACUUCCAUCGCUUAAACGUCCUACUCCUUCGAGGAGUCGUCAGAGACGGAAUUCUUUGUGGUAAAAAAAUCUGUACGGCAACUAUGAGUGACGCGAAAAUUCAAGCAACUGUAGAUCAUAAAGUGGAGGUUGAGGGUUCCUUAGGCGGCUUGCAAGUCCUUGACUUGACCCCCGAAGGCCAAAUGCACCAACGUAUCAUCAGCGUGGGUCGAGACCCUCUCAUGGAGACCAUGCACCCUUUGUACACAAUGUCGGUACCACACGAGGACAAUCGCACGGCUUUCAGUUUUAAAGUGGUGCGAAGUUUGCAAACGGACGACAAAGACGUGGCCAAUGUGACCGUUCGGAUGGCCUCGUUGUGGUACACACACUCACCACAGUUUGUGAUGGAGCUGCAAUCGUGUGCUUCCGAAUUCAAACAAUACUUGUCCAAUUUGGCACGCUCGAUCCGCACUGCGGCCACAGACAUGGCCUUGGGGCUUGUGCAUGCCAGAGCUGAAGCUUUAGCCCAGUCUUUGUACAUGAACGCGCGUUUAUCAUCAUCGAUCUACGGAAGCGCUUUAUCAUUUUCCGAGUGUUCUUCACCGCGGAAAAGAAGGCGGAGUAGUUCGAUGGAUCCSUCUGGRUUUUCCUCAGCUAGAGAUACAGUUCCUCAAACGCCUUACAGUCCCGAUGACGAUGAUAAUUUUAUAAUAGAUUUGAGGUUGGAUGUUGAGUUAGACAGUCCUGUUGUUGUUCUUCCACAAGCGAGUAACAGUCCGAAGGUUUUUGUCGCACAUUUGGGUAAAAUUAGCGUCAGUAAUAAAUAUGAGAGUGAUUUUGAGCCCAACGGUCACGAUUAUCAAUACACCGAGUUUAGAAUUGAGCAUUACAGUGUGGAGAUACGCGAUAUGAAUUUGUUUUCAGUCGAUACGAGCAAUCGUAGAGUGCCAGGACCAAUGAUAAGCAAACCCGAAGUCUUGUACAGUUGUAAAUCCUCUGCCAAACCCAUCAUACACGACACAAUUUUACAAUUAAAAAUCGAACGUGAAAUCAACAAAACCUUGCAAACGACACACAGCAGUGAAUCGAAUCUUUUAUUUGACGACGACGAAAACACCAGUCAUCCAUUUACCGAAAACAUUUAUAUCAAAGGCAGUGUUGUGAAUGAUUUGAAAGUGUCCCUGACUCGGACACAAUACGAGCAACUUUUAGACACUUUGCAAUGGCUGUCUUCACCACCGGUCAUGGUGGAUGUCCAGGGUGUCUCUCGUACGAACAUCAAACCGGUGAAUAUGCUCUCCGACAUCAGUGAAGAAGACACAGGGGUGACAACUUUGAAUAUGGACCCCCACGUCCGUGCGAAACUAUUCCCCACUGUACAAACAACCCGUCUAAAGCCCGUCUCACACAAUAACGUUUCGUUGAGAGUCUUAUUCGAGUUACCAGUGUUCACGAUUGAAUUACGUGGGGACUCCCCGACUGGCGAACAAGGCCUUGUUGAUCUCUCAUUCCGCGACUUUAUCUUUAAUUACGAAAAAUGUCACUUGUACGAAACCAACAUUCAAGUGUCUCUCCGUUCGAUUUUCAUGGAAGAUUUGCUCCAACCGGAGAAUACGAAACAGAGRGCUAUGGUCAUCUCAUCUUCCGGGAAUGACGUUCCCCAAAACUCGGCUUGUGUGUCUAGAUCGUGUCCCGAUGUUUCGUAUUUGCCCCAUUUUAAUAGCCCCUCGCAUGGGUCACUUCCUGAUCAUCUGGAGACGGCGAGAGUUUUCGGUAUGCGACCUGUCAAAAUACAGGAAAAAGUCGAUGUUGUGUGUCCGAGUACRCCGCCCCCGUCGCCGUCACAAGGGAGGAUUAGACCCGAGAGGAAUUUAGUGUUGAUUAGUACGCUACUAGUGGACCCCUCAGCACCCAAUUUCAGCACAACCUAUAAAUCGAUMCAGAGAUCGACUUCUGUAGAUUUCAACUGUUUAGAUUUGGUCAUAAGUGUGGAAUCGUGGGUUGUGGUCAUUGAUUUUUUCAGUGCUUCCCCUUCGAAUUCUCUGCAAAAUACAUCGGCAAUGUCGGUUAGUGCGCCUACGAGUGACGAUUCCUUAAGUGUUAAAAAAGAGAACACUGAAACUAAUAUUACCGUCAGAUCUUUAACUCUGGUCCUUAUGAGACCUGAAAUCGAAGUCGCGAAAGCAAACAUAUCGAACGUUGAUAUUUCUGUAAAAACAAGUGGUUUGUUUAAAGAAGUUCGUGGUAAUUUGGGGUCAAURUCGCUGUUGGAUUUGACAUUGCAUGGCCAACUGUAUCGUGAGAGAUUUAUAACAGCAGGGAAACAAGCUCUACAAUUCAGUUAUAUCAGGGAUUCGGAAAACAAGUCUUUAAAUUACGAUGCUCAAUUGUCAAUCGAGAUGUCAUCAGUGAUGUAUGUUCACACUAAACGAUUUGUGGCCGAAAUACAAGCAUUUUUCAAUCAUUUCACGCAAUUACAAGCUGUUAUGAAAAGUAUCAGGGCGGCUACSAGUGGACAAACRAUACGAGACGAYCCGUUGAAAUUAUCACUAGUUCUUAAAGCUGGUUCUCCUAUGAUUCUCUUACCAGUUAGUUCGAAAUCGUCCGAUUUAUUAAUUGUUGAUUUGGGGCAACUUUUGGUCACGAAUUCAUUUAAAAUGUCGGGGGAUUCGGGAACUAUUAGUGUGGUGACAAAUUACGCAAAAAAAUGUCUACUCGAUGUUAUGAUAAUCGAGUUAGACAACAUGGACUUGUAUGCGGGUGUCAAAGAAAACGAGUUUAAUCCGGCCCGUAAAGGGGCCUUUAAGUUAGGCUAUGGGCAAGUGACCAAAAAGGGGCCCUCACUUUUAAAGRAAAAAUUUCAAUUCAAGUUGCAAGUUGAGCGKAAUUUGACGAGUAACAUAUGUCACAACGUGCCUGAUAUGAGCAUCUAUGGCCAAUUGUCAACCCUCGACGGUUUACUAGACCUAUCCCAGUAUCGUUUAAUUCGCGGUUUGCUUGCUUUUAAUUUGGGUGAAGACACCGAGAGAGUGCUGCCAUCWGUAACCCCGCCCCCUGUCAAUGCUGACUCAAAUAUACGCGACAUUUGGACACUGUCGUCCCUAAAACUGGACUUACAAAAUGUCACUUUGUGUCUCCAAACUACUUCAAAUACAGCCCCUCUUACUUGUAUUAAUUUUAUCAAAUCGAGACUAACAAUUGAAACGUUUAGUAACUUUAGCCAAGAUAUUGAUUUGAUAUCUCAGGAAAUAUUAAUAAUGGAUACACGAUUUAAUGAUAUACCGACCGAAAGUCGGCCUAACGUGUUUCAAAAUAUUUUGCAACCAAUCAAAGACACGAAACAGGAAAAUCUAGUCCAGGCCGAGAUUCACAGUCGCAAACGACAAGAUCAUUUCAAAUACACAAUUUUGUUAAAUAAUAUGAGACUAAUGGCGAUUUUUGAUUGGUGGGAAGCUGUUCAGAAAUACAUAUUUCAGGAAAUUGAGAACGUUUCGAGUAGUCCCGAACAUCAGAAAGUUGUCACUAGUAAAAAACCAGACGAAAAUAUACCAUUCGAGCUUAAAUUAAACAUCACCGAUUCUGAGAUUGUUGUAUUGGAAAAUACAUCACAGUGGGAUUCAAACGCCGUCAUUUUGAAAAGCACAACUGUGAUCACUUACAAGCCAAACAACAUCGAAAAACCACUUUCAUGCAGCUUAAAUAAUUGCGAGAUGUUUUCAUGUAUCCUGGGAAUGGAGGAUGAUACCGCUCUAUCAAUCAUCGAUCCAAUCACACUUAACAUGGACAUAAAUAAAGACAAUAUUUUAGAAGCACAACUACAGUUUUUAACAGUUCGACUGUCUUAUCACGAUAUGUGUAUGUUUCUACAGAUGCUAAACUCACUUCCGAGGCAAAUGUUUGCCAAUAAGGAGCAAGAUUCGCCACAGGAUGUUCUUGUCAAAAAUCAAAUAGCACGACUUACAACUUUAGGUUUCAAGACUGACGAUUGUUUGAAAGCGCUCGAAACGUGUGAAAAUAAUUUGGACGAUGCUGCGUUAUGGUUAAUCCAAAAUGCGGCUAGUUUUCAUAAUAAUAAUGAAAAUGAUAAGUCGCCACUUAACAUAAAAGCAGUUGAAGUCAAGGCGAAUUGUAUUUCGAUAUGUAUCAUCGACGAUUGUGGCGACUCCGACGUGCCACUCCUUGAAUUAUCUUUCUCACAGCUAAAUUUACACCAAUUGUUGCCCGAGUUUGACAUAAAUGACCCUAUUUACCCCCAGGGUGCCCUCGAAUGUGUCCUAGCUGGAGACUACUACAAUCGGGUUCUAUCCGGUUGGGAACCCGUGAUAGAAUCCUGGAAAUGCAAAAUUUCGUGGGAAAAAUCCCUAACUAAAGGCUURAAACGCAACAGAUUGAAUCUAAAAGCCGAAUCAUCCUCAAUYAUCAACAUCAACAUAACAUCRACUCUAGUUGAGCUUUACAAACAAGUGAAGGAGAACUGGACCAAAGACUACUACAGUGGAAACGACCAAAGAGACAACUCGAUGACUUGUUAUCGUCAACGGUCGCCUUUUGUUCCCUUUGCUCUUAAAAACGAUACAGGCUCACCGCUACAUUUCACAACUUUAAUUACCGAAAUUAAUAAAUUUAAGGCCGUCUCUGAUUAUAGUAAGAAUGAUUCGUGGGUUUUGGUGGCCCCGGGCGAGACUGUGCCCUUUUCGUUUCAAAAUCGGGUAAAAAUGCGACACCACGACUCACAUAAAAUGAAAAUGCACCAAUUGGGGGUCAAGGUUGAGGGGUGGCAACCUUUAAGUCCGGUCACGGUGGAUAAAGUCGGGAUCUACUUUCGUAUAACACAUGCGCAGAUCCAAAAUAGGUUACAAACUGAAGUUCCGUCUGCUCGAAUUGUUUUCGAUAUUUCUCUCGAAGGCUCGGCUCGGAAAUUAAUUACAGUGCGAUCGGCACUUGUUAUCAUCAAUAAAUUGCCUCAUUCUAUUGAUCUUAAAUUGGAAAGUCAAUUACCUCACUCUGCCGUUACWAUGUGGGCCGCUAGUAAGGUGUUUAGUAUCGAAAGUGGGGAUAAAUUGGCCGUUCCGGUGGUGCACGCACAUUCGUUGAUAACAGCGCGCCCUACCGGAUUCUCCUACAAUUACACCUACUGUUCUCCCGCCUUAUCAUGGUCUCAAAUGCCUACUUAUCUCGAUUCAGUUUAUGAAGCCCGCAUUUGUCAUUCGCAUAAAGGUCACCUGUACAGGUUUUGUGCCCAAGUGGUGAAAGAGGCACACUCAACGGAGCGAAAUAUCCAUUUAGGGCAACCAGCCCACCGGAUAAUUCUACUUCCAGCUGUCAAAUUGUGUAAUCUUCUUCCGAUUGAUAUGAGUUAUAAUUUGUCGGGGGAUAGGGGCCGGGUCUCUGCCGGUUCGAAUGCUGCAAUAACUAAUGUUGAUCUCGAUAAAACAAUUGAACUGGACGUCCUUUUAGAGAAUUUCAAAACUACAAACAAAGUCAUAAUUCCGUUAGGCACAAUGGACUUCAAGUGUCGGAUUAAUCUUGAAGAUGAACGUGGAAGAAAAUUAUUUUUAUCGGUUGUUGUUUCGCCAAAUAAUGGUGCUAAACUUAAAAUAGCAAUAUCGGCACCGUAUUGGAUAAUAAAUAAAACUGGUUUACCUCUUGUUUUUCGUCAAGCUGGGACGUCGCAUGAAAGUGCAGGACAAUUCGACGAACAUGAAAUCGCAAGGAUGGUCAGUCCUUUACUUUUCAGUUUUUCGGAUCAAGAAGCGAGUCCUACGAUAAAUGCGAGGGUGGGAAAUUAUGUGAUACGAGAUGGGUCGCCUCAGUGGUGUUCCAAUUUCCAUGUCCAGAAGGGCAUACAAGUCAAGAAACUCCACGUGACCAUGCGUGACGGUAAACCUGACACGGUUUUCAUAGUCGGUGUUGAAGUAAGACCGGGACGUGGCAAAUACAGAUCCGUCAAUAUUAUAACAAUAUCACCACGAUAUCAGCUAUACAACCAAACCUCAUACAAACUUAUUUUUACUCAAAGUUGUUUCGCCAGAAACUUCACGGACUCUAAGUCACAAAAGACUUGUCUUAAGGCCAUGCCUAACUCACACAUUCCAUUUCAUUGGCCACGACUGGACAAAGACCAAUUAUUAUGUGUCUCAAUCCAAGAUAUUCCCGAUUGUUGUUGGUCAGGUGGUUUAAAAAUUGAUGAAAUCAAUUCUUUGCAUGUGAAUGUGAGAGACUCAAACGGGCGUGUUUAUUUUAUAAGGUUGGAAGUACUGUUACAAGGAGCGACGUUUUUUAUUAUUUUCACUGACGCUGACACUCUGCCACCACCAAUCAGAGUCGACAAUUUUUCAGAAGUGACUAUUACUUUUGCACAAACGAGUUGUAAGGAUUUGAUGCAUAGCACAGCAAGGGCUCACACUAGUGUGCCCUAUGCUUGGGAUCAACCCACUGAGAGACAAUUCCUGACGGUGACGGUCCCCGGAGGAGUUUCAGAUACAUACGAUUUGAAUAAAUUAGGAAAAGCUUCUGGUCUGACUUAUGAAAAUUUUAUUUACAUUGCUUUUACCGGAACAUUCAAAAACGGUCAAGACGUUCUAGAUCCUCUAGAUGUUGAAAGCCAGGAAUUAGUUCUAGACGUUGCAAAAAAUCAAGUGAUUCUAAACCGGAAACGUCAUGGUUUGAGGUCACAACUCUGGCGGAUGACCCCCGAAGGUCGUCUCCAACACGAAGGUAGCAGUCCACCCUCGCAUCCUCACCAGCCGACUAGAUCAGAUAAUAUUCUCGUCCUCGAUAUCGAGAAUACUGCGCCUCAACCUAAUACCUAUUCGAGGUUGGUUUUGCGUCGUGUGGACCCGAGAAGGAGGUCGACUCAGACUUGGAGGUUUACCGAGGAAGGGAGGUUGUGUUGUGCACAUUCUAGUAUGUGUGUGCAAGCCCAGGAUGGGUUUUUCGGGUUAAGACAAGGUGGGAGAAAUGCCGGCAGUUGGCAGCAGUGGAACUCAGCCGUUUUGGGUUGCCCUCAACCUGUCUGCCACAAAAUGACAGACACAGGGAUACCAAUCGAACAAGCCAUAAGUCGCCAAAGACUUCGGCCCGGUUCGGGCCUUUUAUMUGUCAGUGUGACAAUGGACGGCCCCACCCGAGUGUUAAGCAUUAAAGAUGCGAAAGAAUCCCGAAUUUACGCGACUCCAGACGAACGCGAAUGGGGCAGUAUUUCACUGAAACAACGCCCGAAUCUGACAAUCGACGAAAAUCAAGACAAAAAUGACAAAAGGGAGUUACAAGUAACUAUAAAUUUAGAAGGUCUAGGGAUAAGUCUAGUGUGUUGUAAAACACCAGAAGAGCUACUCUAUGCAUUAUUCUCAAAUAUAGUAGGCGAGACUGUUAUAACGCCAUCUUCGAAACAAUUUUGUAUUAGUGUGGGGGAUGUACAGAUCGAUAAUCAAUUGUUUGAAACGCCAGUACCAGUGGUACUCUAUGUCACGCCUCCGAGUUCACGAAAUAAUGACGAAAUUAAUAAUAAAUUGCCGGCGAUUGAUUUUACAGCCGAAUUGCAAGAAAAGUUAAACAUGAAUGCAGAAAUUUUCAAAUACCUAAUUUUGCGUUUGAAAAAAAUCACGAUUAUCCUGGAAGAGAAACUUCUCCUCAAGCUGUUUGACUUUAUUGGUUACCAUUCACGGGAAGAAGAAUUGAUAAAUAAAGACGAAAAUGAUUACGAAGUGCAGCGAUUGUUACUUGAAGUGUCAGCAGCUCAUGCUAAACGCUACUAUUUCGGAGUCAUCCAACUAAUUUUAGAUCAGAUAAGACUUAGUGUCAAAACCGCAACAAAACUUCCACCACAUUUGCAAAAAAUUAAGCGAAAGUUAGGUUUGACUUUAAUUAAAUUCGAGGAUGCUGCUGUCGACUUGCAAGCCUUAGAUCGUCGCCAUCUUUUCGAAACGAGCCAGUUUUUGAUCAAUUCCAUAAUCAAGCACUUCAAGGAUGAAUUGAUGUGGCAAGCGGGGAUUAUCCUAGUCUCUGUUGAUUUCCUUGGCAAUCCGCUAGGUUUCGUCAACGACGUUUCUGAGGGCUUUUCGGGACUUUUGUUCGAGGGCAACGUUGGAGCUUUAGUCAAAAAUGUCACUCAUGGGAUUUCUAAUAGCGCCGUUAAGGUCACUGAGUCGAUUUCGGACGGUUUGGGUCGAGCUGUCUUGGAUGAUCAUCAUGAGGAAGUUCGUCAAAAAAUUAGACAAGUUGAGAGUGGUCGAAGUCGGGAUCACAUUGUUGCCGGUUUUAAGGGAUUAGGGUUUGGUAUUUUGGGGGGUGCUACUGGUUUAUUCAAACAGGUUUAUGAGGGGGCGUCGAAUGAUGGGCUUCCGGGGGUSAUUUCUGGGAUUGGGAAAGGAUUGGUUGGGGCUGUGACCAAACCCGUGGUGGGUGUGCUGGAUUUUGCGUCGGAGACGGCGAGAGCUGUGCGAGAUUCGAGUCGCAGCAARUCCGUCCCUGAGCGAAUUAGGCUCCCACGAUGUGUCUGCGGCCCUGGAAGCCUCUUACCUCGUUACAGUUACAAGCAAAGCCAAGGCCAACUCUAUUUAUACAUAGUUAACGAUAAGGAUUAUAAAGAACAGCUGGUAGCAUACGAAAUCCUUGGUAGUGCUUCUGAGGAUUUACAUUGUAUAGUUUCCAAUUUGAAAUUUCGYAUUGUGGCAAGCACACACGCACCGGAUUUGACUCCGGUCAUCGAUUGYCACUUGAGUGAUUUGGAGUCGUGUGAUGUGAUUGUUGAGAAAGAAGGAUCCGAGUCGAGAUAUUACAUCGAAAUUGUCAUGCAUGUCGCUGGAACAAGUGCAGCUUUAGUGAAUCCGGAUCCGGUGAAAAAACCACGGGUUCGGUGUAAAACUGCAGAUUUGGCAAAAUCCGUUUCACAGCAAAUUAAUUACGCCAAAAGGUUGUAUUUUGAACGACUCUAUACUUUGAGCAGCGACAAUAUUAUCAAUUUAGAAGACUGAACGUUUUUUGCACUUAUUCGGUUCUUGUUAGUAUUAUUGUUGAUUUUUAUUCAGUUGGUGGUUUUUAUUAUGUAUACUUUUUGUUAUCUAUUAUUUGUCCUAUUUAUUUCAAGUGCCUUUAUAAAUUCGCUUUUUAUGUAAAAUAAUGUAAAUAGGCUGUCGUCGCGCAUUUGGUUUUAUUUAUUUUUCAUAGGGGUUGUUUUCUGUAGUAGCGUUAAUUUCCAAUCAAAAACAAACUAACUUGUACAUAAUGUUACUAUAAUUUUUUACCAAAGAUUAUAAACCAGUCGGUGUUGCAAUAAAAUUUUACUAUCUU